AUGAAGAAAAAGAGGGGAAGGACAGAAGUGUUGGCCAAUGAGCCAAGUGCAAGUUCAUCUAGGGAGCCCUCUUUUUCUGUGCAUGUUGAACGAUCCCUAGAUGUAGCAUUAGCACAAGGCAACAAGUUUGUCUCUGUGCCGCAGUUGCCCUGGGAGACCGGUUUCCUUAGAGAUGUUCUGGGGUCUCCAGGGUCUUUUGCGCCGCCAUGGUUAUCGCCUCUUGUUUUGCCGCGCAACCUGCCUUCGGUAAAUGCUCAGCCAUCAGUCAUCACCAUGGAUGUUCAUGAGAAGAAGUCGCUGGUUCGAGCUCAUUACCAAGACAGAAUGACCGCUGGGCUGAACGACAAAAGGCAAACGAUUUUGGCCAAGUGGGUCGAUCUAGUGCUGUUGCAUCCUCAGGACUCACGUUUGGGACAACUGCUUCUGUCAUGCGUUGGUCAACCGGAUUGUGAACGCGCCAUAGCACAGUUGGUUGAAGAUUGGUUGGCAAGGAAGUCAACUUCCACACUGCAGGUCAGAGCGAGCUCAUUUGCUAUGUAUGUUUCGUUUGUGCGGAAGUACGUUGGCGAUGUUGCAAUCAUUCCCAUAGAUGAGGAGCAUGUUUACCGAUAUGUGGCUCACUUGAGGAGUUCUCAAAAACCACCAACACGUGCACAGACCUUUGUUUCAACGCUGUCAUUCGUAGGUGCAGUUUUCGGCUGGGCUGGUGCAGAAGAUGCAGCAAAUUCGCAGCGAGUGCAGGGGGCCGCGCAUUUGUGCUACUUGAGGAAGAGGGUGCUUCGUCAGGCCCCUCCCCUGGACAUUGUUGCAAUCAUCAUUUUGGAACUCUGUUGCCUGUUUGAGUUAGACAACUUCCUGAGAGGAAGUGCAGGGCUGUGCUUACUGGCCUUGUACGGACGGCUGCGUGUCAGCGACUGCAGCAGGAUCAGCCACGGGAAGAUUCUGGGUGAUUACUUUGAAGGAAGCUUCGGGACGCUGGAAAAGCUUGGGGCUGCUGAAAUGACGGAGCGAUUGGGUGAGUGCUUAGCCAAGCUCUUGCCUAAGGAAGCCUUCAAGCAUUAUACCUCACACAGUUUGAAGUGUACGCUGUUGACUUACACAAAUGUUUUUGGUUUGACUCUGGAGCAGAAUGAGUUGCUAGGAUACCAUGUCGUGAAGGGCCAUGCCUCCGCCCUGAACUAUAGUCGCGACGCUUUGGCCAGCCCAAUUCGGGCCAUGAUGACAAUGCUGGAAUCAGUCAAACAAGGUACCUUCAGGCCAUUAUCAGUCAGGGGGUCCCACUUUGUGGAUCUAUCGCAAGCGGUAUCAGUGCGUGCCCAAUUCUCAGAGAGUACUGGGUACAGUUUGGAUGAGGCUGCGUUACUGUUUGCAAGCGAAGUUGCGAUGCAGAAUGAGAAUUCUUAUGAAGCUUUCAAAGACAAGAUGUCGUUGCUGGGCGAGAGCGAGUUUGGCCGAAUUGACGGUCCGUGCAACCGCGUGAACAUGAACGUGUCUCUGGGUGGCAUGGACUCCGAUCUGGAGGCCGAGGAUGAUGAAUCAUCUUCCAGCGAUUCAUGCAGCACCUCUGCUGAGGAGGGCAUGGCUGCAGUUGAGGAGGACUUGAUGGGCAAAGCUGCUGCGGGCAUUAAUCCCCAUGCUGAUGUGUGCCUGCACGCUGGGAAGUCCAGCAGCAAGAGGGAGCAGUUCACGAAGGACUGCUAG